AUGGCAUUAACAAUGAGAAUGGGAGAACCAACUCCACGACGAUCUUUAGCUGCACCACGACGUACAACAAAACUUUUUACAUUUGAUGAUAAUAAUGAAAAAGAAAAUUCUCUUAAUGAAAGUCUUACAGGACGACGACAAUCACGUUUAUUUAAUAAUUCAAUUAAUACUGAAAAUAUUAAUGAUGAACCAAUUCAAACACCAACACAAUUAGUUGAUUUAUAUCAAAAAACACUUGAAUUAGCAGCACAAGGAAAAAUUAAUAUUAAAAAUGCAUUUAGUAUUCCACUUGUUGAACGUUUACCACAAGUUUUAAAUGUUAUUGCACUUGAUGAUAAAGAUAAUCAUCAUUUAGGACCAAAUUUUGUUAAAGCUGGUUCAGUUAUUGAUACUAGUGCUAAAAUCUAUGGUUUUCGUGUUGAUGCAUUAUAUACAGAAACACAAAAAUUAAGUGGAAAUAUUCUAAAUACAGAAGAAGAAGAAGAAGAACAACAACAACAACAUUCAAAUGAUGGAGAAAAUAGAGAAGAAAAUCGACUAGAAGUUGAUAAUGAAAAUAUUGAUUCUGAACAAAAUGAAUCAAAAAAACCAACACGUCGUAUUAAACCAAAAGCAACAUCAUUUGUUGUUAAUGAUCUAUCAAAAAUAACACUUGAACAUGAAUUUGAAUUUCGUCCAUUACAACCACCAAAUAUCUGUCAAUGGCGUGGUGGAAUUGGAAAAGAUUCAAUAUAUGCUGAAAUGGUUUCAAGUACAAUGUAUUCAUCAAGUGAUUAUCCAUUAAUUGAUGGUUUUACAAAUGCAAAUAGUCAACCAGAACAACAACAAAUUAAAAUUGAAAAUAUUCUUAAUCAUACAAUAGCAAAAAUAAUUGAUUUAACAUCAUUACGUGAUGUUAUUAAAAAUAAUGAAACAUAUGAUCAUAUUCUUGGUAAUCAAGCAUUACGUGAUUUUUCAUUUAAUGAAAUUCCAAGUGAUUCAUUUAUAAAUACAAUUCAUGAAAGUUGUCUUGGACAAAAUGAUGAAAGUAUUGAUAAUAGAUCUUAUACAAAUAAUGAUGAAAAUGAUAAUGAUGAUGGUUAUAAUCAUGAUGAAUUAAUUCAUGCUGCUAUUGAAGAUUUUAAUGAUGAUCCAUCACAUACAAAUGAAAUUUUUAAAAAUGCAUUAAAUGAAUUAAGUAAUCAAGAUCCAUCAAGUAUGCAUUCAAAUUUAGGAAAUUAUCAAUCACAACAUUCAGCAAAUUUAAAUCUUCCAUCCGCUAAUGAAAUUUUAUCAUCAUCAUUUAUGAGUACAGUAUCAUUUGCAGAUCAAAUGCCAAAUUUAUUACAUUCAAAAGAUGUUCAAUCUGAAUAUUCAUAUUUUGAUGCAACUAAACUUAAACUUUUUGCUGGACCUAAUAUAUGGAAAUAUACAAAUUUACUUAAUAUAACUAAAAUAAUAUCAACUAAUAAUAGUUCAAUUAUUCAACAACAACAAGCACCAGCAAUACGUCAAAGAAUAAAUAAUGAAGGAGGAAAUAUUUAUAUAAUUGGUCCAAAACGUAGUAUUCGUGUUGAUUUUUUUCAUCAAUUAUCUAUUGAUCAAAUAAUGUCAAAUAUUAAUAAUGGACGUGAUAAAAAAACUAUUGGUAUAUCUCAAAGUGCACUUUUAUUACGUAUAAGAGAAAAAAGUUUUAAUCAAACGCAAUUAGCUAGAAAAUUACGUCCAUUAAAUGAUUUAAUUAAUUCACCUAAUUUUCCAGAAUUAAAUUUUGAAUAUUUACAUUUAAUUAAUCGAUAUAAAGAAAAAAAACAAGAACAAAUUCAUGAAAAUCAUGAUUAUGAUGAUUUUGAUGAUAAUAAUUUUCAUGUUACUAUUGAACAUCAUGAUGAUGAAGAUGCUCCAUUAACAGCAAUGCAAUAUGAUUUUAUUCGUCCUGUACAUUAUGAAAAAAUUGAAUUUGCUAAAGGUUCAACAUCAGUCAAUGCUAAAAAUUUAAAACGUCAAAUGAUUGAAGAAUUUACACGACAAAAAUUAGAACAACAACGUACAUUAUCACUUGAUACAAGUACAACAAGUCAACAAUCAUCAUCAUCAUCAUCACAUAAUAAUAAUCAUUAUCAACAACCAAUUGUUGAAUUUUCAAUAUUAUGUGAAAAUUUAUCUGAUCAUGGUCAUUUAUCAUUACAAACAGAUUUAGCAUCAGCAUUUUAUUGUAUGUUAAUUAAUUGUAAUGAAAAUAAAUUAUAUAUGAAAAGUAAUUCAAAACGUGAUGAUUUAUAUAUACAAGAAUGUCCAUUUACAGAUCGACGUGAUCUUUCAACACUUUCUUAUUCAUAUACAAGUAGUUCAAAUCUAUCAACAACUUCACUUAUUGUUCAUUGA